UAGUGGACUUUCCAUCCUUUUAAACAAACUGGUCCAUGGUGCAGCAUGCAGUUUUUUUACAAUUUGCAGAAAAUAUUCGAUUGAAUCUGUUGCUUCCAGAAUGACGACUGACAUGGGUCCUCCGCCUCCCAAAAACCCUAUCGCCACCACCACCUCCACCUCUGAAGAAGCCCUUUCAACAGAACCCCUAACCAAAACCCUAGACGAACCUUCAACCUCCUCUGCACCAGCGAUGGGUCAAUCCGACUCCGUUCAAUCCCAAUCCAACGGCCAUCAGGAUUCCCUACCAAUCCCUCCCAAAGACGAACCACUGCAAGCCGAAAACACCACACCCAAUCAGAGUGUCGAUGUUAAACAGGACCAACAACGCCCAAAUAUUGCAGUUCCUUAUACGAUUCCUGAGUGGAGCGGACCUCCUCGCCACAAAUUUUUCUUGGAAGUCCUCAAAGAAGGCUCCAUCAUUGAUCAACUCGAUGUACAUGAGAAGGGGGCUUACAUGUUUGGGCGCGUAGACCUCUGUGAUUUUGUCCUCGAGCACCAAACCAUUUCUCGCUUUCAUGCUGUUCUUCAGUUCAAGAGAAAUGCAGACGCUUAUCUUUAUGAUCUCGGUAGUACACAUGGGACCUUUGUAAACAAGAAUCAGGUGAAGAAAAAGGUUUAUGUACAGUUGCGUGUCGGUGAUGUGAUUCGAUUUGGCCACUCGUCUCGAUUACACAUAUUCCAAGGACCAUCUGAGUUGAUGCCACUGGAAAGUGACUUGAAGAAAAUCAAAAAUGCAAAGAUGCGAGAUGAGAUGCAAGAUAUGGAAGCUUCACUUUUACGAGCAAAACUUGAAGCCUCUCGUGCUGAUGGUAUAUCUUGGGGCAUGCGUGACGAUGCUAUAGAAGAAACUGAGGAUGAUGUUGAUGAAAUAACUUGGCAAAACUUCAAGGGGCAGCUUACAGAGAAGCAGGAAAAAACACGUGAUAAAGUUAUAAAAAGACUUGAGAAGAUUGCUAACAUGAAGAAAGAAAUAGAUGCUAUUCGUGUUAAGGAUAUUUCUCAAGGUGGGUUGACACAGGGGCAACAGACUCAGAUCGCUCGGAAUGAACAGAGAAUAUCUCAGGUUAUGGAGGAGCUUGAAAACUUGGAAGAGACUCUAAAUGAAAGCAUCCGAGAAAGCUUAGGUGCAUGUAUUGGAAGGAUGCCCAACACUAAGAAGAAAGGAGCAAGAGAAGAAGAUGAAGAAGAAUAUUUGAGUGAUGAUGAUGAGUUCUAUGACCGGACAAAGAAAAAGACUUCCAACCGUAAGGGUGGUGAAAACCAGUCAAUUGAAACAGCUGAUACACUACUUGACAAGAAAGAUGCCAUCAUUACAGAAAUGGAAGAGAAGAAAAAGUUGCUUUUGGAGGAGAAGGAUAGAAUAGCAUCAGAAAAUGAAGUUCUAACUGAUGCUGGAGACGCACUAGAUGCCUACAUGUCUGAUUUAUCAUCUCAACUAGUGCACGAUAAAACUGAGCAGCUUCAGAAGGAGUUGGCGACUCUUCAGUCAGAAUUGAGCAGGAUACUCUACUUGCUGAAGAUUGCCGACCCAGCUGGAGAAGCUGCUAGGAAAAGGGAAUCAAAAUCACAAGAUCCAAAACCUAAUCCGUCCAAAGUCUCCAGUUCUGCAAGUUUGAAGCAAACUCCAUCGGAGCCGAGUAAAAAAAUCAACUCAGAAAAAUCAGUGCGCGUCUCUGUUAAGAAACAGGUAACUACUGAUGUGACAAUGGAAUCGUGCAAGAAGCAGGAGGUAGAUGAGGUUGUAGUUGAUGCAACAGAAAGCAAAACUACUGUUUAUACUGUUGUUAAGCCCCAAUGGCUUGGGGCUGUACAGACCGUGGAGACAAAAGAGACCCAUCAAGAAGCCCUGGUGGAUAUGCAGGAGUCUGAUCAGUUUGUCGACUAUAAAGACAGAAAGAAGGUUCUGGAAAAUCAAGAUGGUGCCCAAGUGAAUGUGGAUUUGGGGCUUGAAAAUGCAGCCCCAGGUCUAAUAAUAAGGAAGCGAAAGCAUGUUGAGAAGGCUAAUGUCAGUGAAACCAAUGCUUCUGAACAGUCGACAAUUUCAUCAGUUGGAAAUGAAAUCGGGGCAGAAGAUGCUGUGGCACUGUUAUUGAAACAUAAAAGAGGGUACCAUGCAGCUGAUGAUGAGGCAGGACAUAACAUUGAAGACGAUAAAAUGCCGAAAAGAGUGCUUGGACCAGAGAGACCUUCAUUUCUUGACAGUAAAAUGGAUUAUGAAUCCUGGGUGCCUCCUAAAGGACAAUCAGGCGAUGGACGGACUUCACUAAAUGAUCGUUUUGGUUACUGAAAUCUCGGCAUCAGAGGAAGGAAUUCCUAUAAGGGAGGGUUAUAUGCCGCUUAGUUGUUGUACUUGGUUACUGUGUAUAAAAAUGAGUUUUUUGGUGUAUCGGCUUUUAUGCCAAUUAUCACUCGUCAGAGUUAUUAGGCUGUGAACUUUGGUGUUUAGAACUAUUGUUCGCUUAGUGUAUAUAUUUCACAAUUUUUCUUCAGCUCAUUGUGUUGAUCAUGAUGACCGACGAGAA